AUGAGUAGCACUCGCACUCGGACACGAGGUCGGGGAGGUAGAGGCGGCACUGGCACCAAGCGUAACCCCUAUACACUGGCAGACUUUACUCCCAGCACAACGCGUGUACGAGCACGUGAGGGCCAACGCCAGCGCCUUGAAGUUGAUCGUAGACCUUCGCCACCUUCGUUCUCACCUGAUUCGGACGUAGCUCUCGCAAGCGAGCCAGCGGCUGCCUCUCACUCGCUGUCUGGGGCGCACAGUACGGGCGGAGACUAUGAAGAUCUGGUGUCGGUCAGACCGGACCCUUUACCUGGCCUCGAGCCCAUUCCAGCUACAUCACAUCCCGUAGAGACCAUCGCCAUUCCCAAUACCCCCGGCAUUGUGAUCGAAAUCACUGAGAACCUCGGCGACAUGGGAGCGAGUCGUCUGGUCUUCCGUGAUAGCGAAGGGAUCAUCAUACCACCACCUUCAUAUAUCCAACUCUACGAUCCGUACUACCCUGACUAUAUUUGUCAACCGCAGGGCGCCGACGGGGAGUGGUACUAUAUGCUUAAUCAAGAAGGCGGGUUUCACAUUCGGGACACUAGGAUCGCACAAGAUAUUUUCGCACUUGCCCCUAUAUUAGAUAUGAUAUUUGUAGAGUAG